AUGUCCGACCAACCUCCAAACACCAAACCCUUGACUAUCAUAGGCAUUCUCACCGAUGAAGAGAUCAAGUGCCUCGAAAAAGUUUCAAUAAUCGAGUCUGCCGCCCCUGACUCAAGAGAUGGAGGCACCUGCACAGUCACGAUGACCCGUCUUCAGAUCAAGCCAUCACAGCUACUAUCUACUCCAGUCCCAAACCAAGACGACGACCAGGCAGGGACACUCUGGAAAAUAAAAGUUCCUCUGGCAAAGGAAAGCCCCCCGGUCCUCGAAUUUCUCGGCUUCACACCGUCCGCCGCAAGCGAGCUCUGGUCGGGCUACACUCGCCAAUUGUCCACCGCGCUGAAGCCUCUCAAAUUGAUGGCCUAUCUAUGUGAACACAUCAGUCUUCUACAGACCCCAUUGUGUCGGGAAAUGGAUAUCUAUAAAGCCCUGGUGCUUGUUGGUAUCGAUAGAGGGAUCAUGCGAAAUCUUUUCAAUCCUACGUAUUCUGGGAAGUUCAAAUCGAAGAGCCUAUAUAAUUGGGUGGAGCAUGCUCUUUGGGACAGGUGGCUUAAUGAGUGGGAACAUAUUCUUGAUUGA